AUGGAAUCUCAUAUCCAGUCAAAUUCUCGCAGAUAUCCUAGCAGCCUAUCUAUUUCUCAGUCACACCGGCGCGAAAAUCAACCAUUACACGAUACGCUUUUCAGGGAUGUCCAAAACUAUCACUUCGUCAACCACCAUGAGCAUGGUGAGAGGCUUCACCUCGACGAGAAGCCCAUCCCAAUCUGUAAUACCGGGAUCGAAAGAGGGAAACCAGGUACAUUAAUCCACGACAAUAGAGGCAGCAGCGUAGAGAAAGAGGUAGUAUCAGCUAAGGACUGCGGAAGCUCUAUGGGAGAAACAGCCUAUGAAGAGACCAAAAAUGGCAUAUCAUACAGAUGCGAUGCUGAAGAUCCCCCGGCUCCAGAAAUGAAAACGUCGACUCACGGUAGCCAGGUGACGUGGGAUUCCGAUGACGAUCCUCAAAACCCCAAGAACUACCAAUGGUCCAUGGGCCGCAAAUGGGCUGCACUAUCGAUUGUCGCCUCUUUCACUUUUGUAUCGCCUAUAGCGUCCUCGAUGAUUUCGCCUGCUUUAAAAGAUAUCAGCAAGGAUUUCGGUAUCAAGAGUGAAGCAGAGGCUCAGCUGACACUGUCCAUCUUUAUCCUUGCCUACGCCAUUGGACCGCUAUCUGUCGGGCCCUUAUCCGAGAUGUACGGCCGAGUCAUUGUACUGCAACUAUUCAACUUGUUCUUUCUAGUCUGGAACUUGGCAUGCGGAUUUGCACAGACGUCGGGGCAGCUUAUGGUUUUUCGUUUCCUUAGUGGUUUAGGGGGCUGCGCACCGCUGGCUAUCGGUGGCGGCCUUCUCAGUGAUUGCUUCCUGCCUGAACAACGCGGAAAGGCAAUCUCAAUCUACUCGCUGGGGCCGCUACUCGGUCCCGCUAUAGGCCCCAUGCUCGGUGGCUUUGUUUCACAAAAUACUACUUGGCGAUGGUGCUUCUAUUCUACGACGAUAUUCACCGCCUUUGUACAAGGUCUCGGGGUCUUCUUCCUACAGGAAACGUAUGAGCCUUUGCUUCUCGAUCGGAAGCGAGAUAGGCUAUGCAAGGAAACGGGUAAUCAGGCGCUAUACACGGCAUUUGACAACAAUGAUCGCAGACUUUCGACAAAGAUCAAGACUGCAAUGAAGAGGCCAUUCAAACUCCUGGGAACGCAGCCCAUUGUACAGGUCCUCUCAGUUUAUGCGGCCUACCUAUACGGAACCAUGUACCUCAUGAUUUCCACGUUUCCCAUUUUAUGGGUCGACCGGUACGGCAUGUCGACCAACAUUGGCUCCUUAAACUUCCUCUCCAUAGGCAUCGGAUUCUUCCUCGGCACUCAGAUCACCGCACCCAUCAAUGACGCGCUAUACCGCCGGUUCAAGGCUCGCAACAACGGCGUGGGUAAGCCCGAAUUCCGCAUACCCUUGAUGAUACCUUCAUCGAUUCUUAUCCCCACUGGCAUCUUCUGGUACGGAUGGAGCGCUCAAGCGCGUCUGCAUUGGAUAAUGCCAAAUAUUGGCGCAGCCUUGUUCUCUGCGGGAAUGGUCGUUUCGUUCCAGUGCAUGAAUACGUAUAUUAUUGAUUCUUACACGCGGUACGCAGCAAGUGGCAUGGCAGCAACGACUGUAUUGAGGAGCUUAGCGGGAUUUUUAUUCCCGCUUUUUGCUCCAGCCAUGUACAAGGGUUUGGACUUUGGAUGGGGUAAUAGUUUACUUGGGUUUAUCUCAUUAGGAAUGGGUGUGCCGGCGCCGUUGUUGCUUUGGGUGUAUGGCGAGAAGCUGCGGAGUGUGAGCCAAUUUGCUGCCGGGUAA